AAUACCUCUCUGUAGUUAUCGUUCUCUAACUAAAAUAUUUUGUCGGUAUAGUCAGUUUAGACUUUUCUAAUCUUGUUUCACAUUAUGCUGAGAUCGAUUUCCUGUUGCUGUACUGCACAUUGCUGCAACGAUCACCAUGCAAACCAUAUUCUGUCGCACAUCACAUCCGUCGUCCGAUCAAAGAACCUCAUUGUCACUUUGUAGCCUCGCCUUAACGCCGGACGGUACCUCCUUUUGUCUGAUAUUGUCAAUCCCGUAUUGAGCCCCCGGUCUGCAAACCAUGAACAAGUUGCUCUCUUUUCUCUUUUUCUUCUAUGCGCUUAUCUCUCUUUGUCAAUCCAGGAGAUUUGUAAUCAUAACGCCAAGCGUUCUCCAAGUGGGCAUUGAACACAACGUAAUCGUCGCGUUCUACAGUGACGUCCGAAAGAAUGUCGGUGUGAAAGUCGACGUCGAACUGGAGGAUAGAACGAAGAUCUAUUCGGGAACAGCAGUACGAGUAUCAGGACAACAAGGUGGAUCCGUUCAGGUUUCUAUCCGGGUUCUUCAGGAAGCGCUAAACAAUCUAUCACCGACACCUCAACACGUGUACGUGCGAGCGACAUCGACGAGUCGAAAGUUUCCGUUCAACAAACGCAGGCGAGUUGCGCUCUCGUUGAAGUCGUUUUCGGUCCUCGUGCAAACAGACAAACCGGUCUACAUAAGAAAUGAUGAAGGCAAUAAACCUAGCCCUUAA